CAGAUCUUCCAACCCAUUUCCAAAACAAAUUUCCUUUUAUUACUAAUAUUGAAGUAAAACUUUUGACAGAGGGUUGUCUGUUUUAGAACUAGUUUAAUCAUUCUCAACAACCUAGUGUUGCGGGUUUGUGUUUUUAGGGCAAUUGGUCAAUAUAAAUUGAGGCAAAUUGCAGCUGAAAAAUCAUUGAUUUAAUUGCAGGAACGUGUACAUCGUUGAGCGAUUCGGGUCUAUCUACACAUAUCCGCUCCCACUCACGUGGCUUCCAUUCCCAAGCGUAUUUGUCAGAAAGCAUCUUUAGUUUUUGGCACAUAACAAACAUUAUUAAUUACUCCGAAAUAUUAGACUCAAAACACCUCUCCAACCUCCAAUCACCGUUGAAAUCCACCCAUUUCUAAUUUCCAUCACCACCGCCGUCUGAUGCUUUGACCACCGUAGUUUCUAUCGUCAAUCCGGCGGCUCCCAACAGAUUAUACCGCAGGCUCAGGCUUUAAAAAAAGUCCAAAAAGGAGACGCUAGCCUCCUUAGCCAUCCCCGACCCACAGUUGGACCCUCGCCAGAGGAAUCUGGAAUAUCAAAAUAAAUGAGUCUGUUUGAAGCUUAAAUAAGACCCAAUCUCAUACUUCCACCUCUAACUCCGGUGGUGGCUGUCAUUAUCUUUUAUUGUCACCGGCUCAAGUGAGAAGAAAAAAGCCCCCCGCCCCUUUUUUUCUUUCACAAUUAAUGAGAGUCUUAGUAUCAGAUUCUCAUUAGUCUCCGUUAAUGAAACAAACCUGUAUUAUAUUUUGGCAUUAAAUAACGAUGUCGUUUUCGCGGCGGAGGAAGGGGACGGAUUCCUCGAAGUCCCAGAACUUACGGUGCAACAUCGUAAAGGAAGAUGAGAAGAAUAACCUAUACGAGAGCCCCAGGAAAGAAAGCUAUAAUUCCAAGAAAUGGUCAUGUUGGGACAGUUGUUGUUGGUUCAUUGGUUUUGUAUGUUCGGUGUGGUGGUUCUUGUUAUUACUUUACAAUACAAUGCCUGCUUCGAUUCCGCAAUAUGUAACGGAGGCGAUAACAGGGCCGUUGACGGACCCACCCGGGGUCAAGUUGCGGAAAGAGGGCUUGACGGUGAAUCACCCAGUUGUGUUCGUCCCUGGGAUCGUCACCGGUGGGCUCGAGCUUUGGGAAGGCCACCAGUGUGCUGAAGGGUUGUUUAGGAAACGCCUUUGGGGUGGCUCCUUUGGGGAACUGUAUAAAAGACCACUAUGUUGGGCUCAGCACAUGUCACUCGAUAAUGAAACUGGACUAGACCCUCCAGGUAUAAGGGUCAGGCCUGUAUCUGGACUUGUGGCAGCUGAUUAUUUUGCAGCAGGAUAUUUUGUUUGGGCUGUAUUGAUAGCUAAUUUGGCUCAAAUUGGGUAUGAGGAAAAAACAAUGUAUAUGGCUGCUUAUGAUUGGAGGUUAUCUUUCCAAAAUACUGAGGUCAGGGACCAAACUUUGAGCAGAAUAAAAAGUAACAUAGAACUCAUGGUAGCAACAAAUGGUGGAAAAAAGGUAGUAGUCAUCCCACAUUCAAUGGGAGUCCUGUACUUUCUGCACUUCAUGAAAUGGGUUGAAGCACCACCUCCCAUGGGUGGUGGGGGUGGAUCAGAAUGGUGCGCUAAGCACAUAAAGGCAGUGAUGAAUAUUGGUGGACCCUUUUUAGGUGUUCCAAAAUCAGUCUCAGGACUAUUUUCUGUUGAAGCCAGGGAUAUAGCCAUUGCCAGGACUUUCGCCCCAGGUUUUCUGGACAAAGAUGUAUUUGGCCUGCAAACUUUUCAGCAUUUAAUGCGGAUGACCCGGACAUGGGAUUCCACCAUGUCAAUGAUACCAAAAGGUGGGGAAACCAUCUGGGGUGGGCUUGAUUGGUCACCUGAAGGAUCAAGCUUUAACUGUGGUGCAAAAACGUUGAGAAACAACAGCAUCAAUAACACGGACCAAAUUCCAAACAUCAAUUUGGCUAACAUGAAAAAUGUUAACUAUGGGAGAAUUAUUUCAUUUGGGAAAGAUGUGGCUGAGGCACAUUCCUCCAAGAUUAAAAGGGUGGAUUUGCUGGAUUCUAUGAAGGCCGAUAUGCUAGCCAACUUAACCAACUGUGAUAUAUGGAUCGAGUAUCAUGACAUAGGUGAUCAUCGUAUUAAAGCAGUUGCUGAUUACAAGGUUUACACAGCUGGAUCAAUUUUGGACCUGCUUCAUUUUGUUUCCCCCAAGUUGAUGGCACGAGGAGGCGCUCAUUUUUCAUAUGGGAUAGCUGAUAAUUUGGAUGACCCGAAAUAUCAACACUACAAAUAUUGGUCAAAUCCUCUAGAAACGAAGUUACCAGAUGCUCCAGACAUGGAGAUAUACUCAAUGUACGGAGUUGGAAUCCCCACUGAAAGAGCUUAUGUUUACAAAGUAACUACUGCCACUGAUUGCUCUAUUCCGUUUCAGAUAGACACCUCGGUUGAGGGUGGUAGUGAAGAUUCAUGUCUAAAAGGUGGUGUUUUCUCUGCUGAUGGAGAUGAAACAGUUCCUGUUUUAAGCGCUGGUCUUAUGGCUGCAAAGGGUUGGAGGGGUAAAACCCGAUUCAAUCCUUCAGGCAUUCCUACUUACAUAAGGGAGUACAGUCAUGCCCCUCCAGCUAAUCUUCUUGAAGGUCGAGGCACCCAAAGUGGGGCUCAUGUUGAUAUAAUGGGGAAUUUUGCAUUGAUUGAGGAUAUUAUACGAGUAGCAGCAGGGGCUACCGGCAAAGAACUGGGUGGAGAUCAUGUAUAUUCCGAUAUCUUUAAAUGGGCUGAAAGGAUCAACUUACAGCUCUAGAUUCAACCAGCACUCAGGAAGUGACAAUAGAGACGGUGCUCCCCCGAGGGGAUACCCACUGUUGGCAGCAGCAAGCCCCAGCCGGUCAUCUUGCUUUCACAUUGUUCUGUUUUUACUUGAAACGAAGUCUUCAUUUGCUUAUGCAAAGCACCAAAUUGUGUAGUGUAUGAUUAUAGCAUUGGCAUUAUGACAGGCUUGGAGCAGUUGCAAAGUAGUUAGCUGCAUUAAAUCUUCAGAUAUGUUCCAUUAAUCUGUUUGUUAUAUACUUCAUGAUUUAUUGUAUGCUUUACCCCUUUUGUAAAUCUCUCUCACUAUGCCUAAUCAACCCUUUGUUUGUAUUACUUUUUUGUAAUCUUUAAUAGAUUAAAUAAUCCUUUGAAUCUAA